UUUAAAUUUUAAUUUUUGUAGGUGGACUGAAAAAUAAAAAACUAAAAAAUUCAAGUAACGAGGGAAAAAUAUUUCAUAGCAUAGUGGAUCUUAUUAAUCUUUGGUGCCUUUUAAAAUAAAAAAAAAUAAAUUGGUUGUAGCUGCUUGAGGAUUAUUUCCUUUUGAUCAGAUGAUAAAUUAUUUGAAAUGGAAGAUAUUAUUAAGAUGAAAAUGGAAAGUAAAAAACAAUCAUUUCAUUUUUUCUGUCUCUCCCUAGGAAAUCUGAAAUAUUGCCUAUUGAUCCUUAAUCAACCUUUGGACAAAAGUCGUUUUCAUCAUCUAUGGAGCAAAGCUCUUCUAAAAGCGUGUGCUGAUGGAGGUGCUAACCACUUGUAUAAUAUUACUGAAGGACAGCGGGAGAGCUUCUUACCUGAGUACAUCAGUGGAGAUUUUGAUUCUAUUAGGCCUGAAGUCAAAGAGUACUACAAAGUCAAGGGAUGUGAACUUGUUUCAACCCCUGAUCAAAAUUACAGUGAUUUUACUAAAUGCCUUCAAGUACUCCAGAAGAAGAUAGUAGAAAAAGAUCUUCAGGUGGACAUGAUUGUGACAAUGGGUGGACUCGCAGGACGAUUUGACCAGAUCAUGGCUUCUGUGGAGACCCUUUUUCAUGCAACUACCAUCACUCCAGUGCCUAUUAUCAUCACACAAGCAGAUUCCCUCAUUUGCCUGCUUCAGCCAGGAAAGCACAAAUUGCAUGUAGACACAGGAUUUGAAGGUGAUUGGUGUGGCCUUAUUCCUGUUGGACACCCUUGUAAGCAAGUCACCACAACAGGCCUAAAAUGGAACCUCACCAAUGAUGUACUCAUGUUCGGAACACUAGUCAGCACUUCAAAUACCUAUGAUGGCUCUGGAGUUGUGACCGUGGAAACAGAUCAUCCACUCAUCUGGACCAUGGGCAUCAAAAAUGAACCCAGAGAAUGACACUCUAAACUCCCUCCCUGCCUUCUCUAAUUUGCUUAUGACUGAGGGAAAAAAACAAAGAACAGAAGAAAUACAUCUGGAUCAGACCACUAAUAUAAGCCAUGAAGAGAAAGGGUGGCUAGUUGUUUUUUUGUUUUGUUUUUUUAAUCAUUGUUUUUUGCCAUUUAGGCUAUAACAUUUUAAAGGAGAAAUUCUAAUUUUUAAAGUAAGGGAAAAUUAAUGGCUAGUUUCAGGUAAUCAAACAAAGUCGAUUACUUUUUU